AAACUUAAAGGUCAUUACAAGAAUAAACCCUCAAAUUAAGUCUCUCUGGCUUGGAUUGAUUCAGACAAAAUGUGGAGACGGUCGGCGUCGUUCAUCCUCGACAAACACCAAAACAACAAACCCAUGUCUCUAACUCCGUCCAUCGACUCUCCUCCUCCACUCUCUGCUUCAGUGGCCGAUGAAAACCCUAGCCCUAAUCAUAUAUCGGCUUACUACCAAACCCGAGCGGCGCACCAUGAGAUCGUGACCAGCGACUGGCUAGAACAGGCUCAAGCCGCCGUUCGUCGCUACCCCGACCAAGAUUCUCCGGUUUCGGAAAAACCCUUUAGCGUGAUUGAGGAGUUCAACAAGUGGAGACAGCAGCCGGCUUUGGCGGAGGCUGUUGCGGCGAUCCGUGCUCUUGCGGCUGUUAUUAGGGCUAGCGAUGGAAAUACCAUGAUGGAACUCGAGAUCGAACUCAAGAAGGCUUCUGAUACAUUGAAAGCAUGGGACACAACUUCCAUAUCCUUAACAGCAGGAUGUGAUCUAUUCAUGCGCUACGUGACUCGAACAUCUGCGUUAGAAUUCGAGGAUUUCAAUUCAGCAAAAUCCCGCGUGCUUGGACGUGCUGAGAAAUUUGGAGAAAUAUCUAACAAGGCUAGAACGAUUAUUGCAAUGCUUAGUCAAGAUUUCAUAUUUGAUGGGUGUACUAUACUGGUUCAUGGGUUCUCCAGAGUUGUAUUCGAAGUACUAAAGACAGCAGCUCAAAACAAGAAACUCUUUCGAGUUUUGUGCACAGAGGGAAGGCCAGAUAAAACAGGUCUACUGCUAGCUAAGGAGCUUGCUAAGCUUGAUGUUCCAGUGAAGCUUCUAAUUGAUUCAGCUGUGGCCUAUUGCAUGGAUGAAGUAGACAUGGUGUUUGUUGGAGCCGACGGAGUGGUCGAAAGUGGCGGUGUAAUUAACAUGAUGGGUACUUAUCAAAUAGCAAUCGUAGCACACAGUAUGAACAAACCAGUCUAUGUAGCUGCUGAGAGUUACAAGUUUGCACGCCUCUACCCGUUGGAUCAGAAGGAUUUAGAACCGGCCCUGCGACCUAUUGAUUUUGGUGUUGCUGUUCCUCUUAAGGUUGAGGUAGAAAGAUCUGCGAGAGACUACACUCCUCCUCAGUUUCUGACUCUGCUUUUUACUGAUCUUGGUAUUCUUACUCCAUCUGUAGUAAGUGAUGAGCUAAUUCAGCUGUACAGCUAAGCUGUGUUCUUCUUUACCCCUAAAUCUGAGCUCUACAUGGCUUCUCUCUAAUUCUACUGCUUACUCAAAAUUUCUGUCUUUGUUAGAUUGCUACUUUUUUAAUCAUAUAAAAGUGUAUUCUUGUUUAGAAUUAGUUCUGUUCUUGGCUUAUUAAACAGCUGAACACAAGUGGGACGCGACCUAUAUAAUGUUAGGGCA